AUGGAGCAACAGGUCCUUCAGCUGUUACAAGCCACUACAAUACCUGACACGAACACGAUCAAGCGAGCUGAACAGUCACUGAGAGACCUUUAUCGACAGCCUGACUACCCAUUUGCUCUCCUUCACAUCACAACCCAUUCGGAAAUCGAUGGGGGCCUUAGGAAGGCUGCUCUCACCGCUCUGCGAAAUUACAUCAAUGCUACCUGGUCACCUACAUUUGAGGAGUCGACCUCACAAGGUCUCUUCUUGACCGACGAGGCACGCACGCAAGUUCGCAGUCAAAUUCUUGCCAUAUGUACAAGUCCUUCUGCAUCCAAUGACAUCAACCAGAACUUAGCAGCGAGCGUUGUCUCAAAGAUUGCAUCUGCCGACUUUCCAGACGACUGGCCUGAACUCUUUCCUCAUCUCAUCAGUGUGAUCAACACAAGUUCCUCCGAUGCUGCGGUUGUAGGUGCGCUGCGUGUUCUACACGAACUUGUCGAUUCUGGCCUCAGCGACGAACAGUUUUUCGGCGUGGCACGAGAACUGGUGAAUGGUUUACAGCAUGUUGCAGUUGAUACUGGUCACGGUCAAGUGGUUCAAGCAAUGGCGUUGAGGGUGCUAGGAGCAUGCUUCGACAACUUGGAACAGGUACUCCAAACCGAGCAUGCCCCUGCCGUCAAAGCAUUCCUCAAUGAGUCUAUGCAAAAAUGGAUGUCAUAUUUCAUGGGUACUCUGAAACAACCGCUGCCUGAGGUGAGCAUGGCCGAUUCACAAAACGACACCAAUACCGUUAUCAGCAGAUGGAAAGAUUUUGUGGCUGUCAAAACACAAGUCAUACAGAUGCUCGUCAAGGUGAAGAAAGUUUAUACUGCAAGCUUGACUCCUCAUGUCUUCGAACUCUUCCAAAUCAUCUGGGAAGACCUUACAAGAUCGUCACCUGCUUAUACACAACUCUUUGUGGAGAGCGAUGGUGAGGGUAAGCUUGUUGAUGCAGAUGGACUAUCGUACACUCUUGAUGCGCUGGUUAUUGAAGCCAUUGACUUCUUGAGCUCGAUACUUAAAGCCAAGGCAGUUCGUACGGAACUCAAUAGACAGCCACAACAGGCCGGGACAGAGCAGCAUGCUACGCCUUGGCUACAGGAACUCCUGCGAGUCAUGGUUGACUAUGCUGUGAUUCCGAAGGAGGAGGAGCAGAUGUGGCAGUUGGACGCCAAUAUAUACCUAUCUGAGACAACGUCGCAAACCGCAAAUUACACUCCCAGAACGGCAUGCGCUGAAUUAAUUACGCAAACUUUGAUGGAAUGGAUGAGUUCGACAAUAGUGCACGCGCUGGUUCAAUUUAUUGGCAUUUCACAGUCUGCACCGACCACAACGUGGAAAACCUGCGAAUCAGCUUUCUAUCUGCUGAACCAGGCCAUCAAAGAGCUCAAGAGUCUCGACAUUACUCUUGAUCAGGAGACAACCACACACAUACUGCAGCAGACCUCGGCCUAUACCAAUGAUCCCAACCCGUUUUUGAAAGGAGGAGCCCACCUCACAUUAAGCUCAGUUUUUGCUGUUGCACCCGAUGGAUUCAACGAAGCUGCGAUCAAGUCUCUGGCCAGUGCAAUCACGUCCUUUGGACAGGAUGAUUCUGAAGUCGUGAACGCAUGUGGUCUCAUUGCCAUCACUCAGUAUCUGGAAGUCCUUCCAUCAGCUACCACCAAGCCUUACCAAGCGACAAUCGUCGAGUCUAUCAGAAAUUACCUUUCCCAGUAUGACCUUCAAGACGACCUUGAAGAUUCAGAUGACAUCAAGUCGGCAUUGAUAAUCAUGCUAAGGGACGCUAUGCUUCUUGAUACAGUCAAAGUUUACGAGACACCAGCUUUAGACCUCUUCUUCAACCUAGCGUCCGAUGGUGCUGGCAAUUUCAUGAUCUGCGAUCUGCUCACUGAGACGUUCGAGCUUCUUGUUCAAUCUGUGGCAAACCAAGGUACCCGUGCUUACAUCAAGCUUUGCGAAAAAGUCAUUCCAUCUCUCAGUGGUGCUUUCCAUAUCAGCUCAUUACGAGGCGAACCUAACCUUGCCGAGCUCGCUUCAGAACUGGUGUCCAAGCUUGCUGAGUUUGGUUCUGACCCUUUACCGGAAGGGUUCAUCAGUGUUCUGAUGCCGCCCCUCCAGUCAAUAUUGAUGCAAGCGACAGACGGUUCGGUCAUCCGACCAGCAACAACAGCAGUGUCGCACAUGCUCAAUAAAGGGACGUCUCAAUUCCUGGCAUGGAACCACGAAGGCAAAUCGUCCGUCGAGUUGUCUCUGACCAUCGUGGACCGCCUCAUAUCAUCUCCCGACAUCGAGGAAUCCGCAGCAGACGAAGUAGGAUCGCUCGCCUCGUCAUUAAUCGACAAAUGCGGCGCCGAAGUACUCGGCUCCUAUCUCUCCGACCUCCUCCGCGCAGUCGCUGUCCGCCUAGCCACUGCGGAACGAAUCCCAUUCAUCCAAUCGCUACUCAUGGUCUUCGCCAGUCUAGCCAUCAAAGUCCCCCGCGACGUCGUCAACUUCCUCCAAGACAUCAACAUCAACGGCCGAUCCGGCCUCAACGUCGUCAUGACCAAAUGGCUCGACAACUCCGUGCAUUUCGCUGGCUUCGAAGAAAUCCGGCUGAAUUGCAUCGCUCUCUCAAAAAUCUACAGCCUCCACGACUCGCGAAUCGAAUCCAUCACCGUCAAAGGCGAUCUCAUCGUCGUUGAGACGGGCCGCAUCAAGACUCGAUCACAAGCACGCCUCAACCCAGAUACAUACACCUCCAUCUCCGCGCCUCUCAAAAUCCUCAAAUUGCUAAUCGACGAGCUCAAAAACGCCGCAACAUCCCAAUUCACCAACCUGGCCGCCGCCCGUGCCGCCGCCGAAGCCCUCGACGACGAAGACGAUGACGCAGACUCUCUCGCCAGCAACGACGGGGACGCAGACGGAGACGACUGGGAAGACCUCGCAACGACAGGGGACGGCAGUCUAGACCUGGGAUCUGCAAAGGUGAGAUCCGAACUCAUGGGUCUUGCUGGUGAAGGGGGUGGGCUCGGCUCUUCGAGUAAUGUUGAUCGAAUACGGGAUGAUCAGUCUGUGGAAUAUCUGAUUAGUUGGUUCAAGGAGGAGGCGGGUAAGCAGGGGUUUUCGGACAUGUUUGCACAGCUUAAGGCUGAAGAGCAGAAAGUGUUGCAGGAUCUGGUCAGAUGA